UGCGCUUGUGUUUGACAGAUACUCACUUGUGUUGCGAUUCCGUUUGCGCUUACGCUUGCGUUCUUGUGAGAACCAACCUUUAAAUUUGGGGGAAAGUUUAAUAAUGUUCUGAACGAAGGCGGAUCACGCCGCCAUUUUAUGCUCCCGCACAGUACCGAAUCACUCAAAGACCUCAUAGGCUGAUUCAAGUAAGUGACUGAGAUUUUUUCAAUUAAAUAUCGUUGAUAAGGUAUUGAACUUUAAUCAUGGGAGGCUAUUUUGAAGUUUUAUUGCAAAUAACCAGAUGGCUUUCCAAUUGCAAACAAUAAUAAAGGAAUGGCUGAUCGACAUUCUUUAAAAAGUCUUAUUUCUCUGAAAUUUUAUAUAAAAUAAUUUCUUGCAAACGUAAUGCUUGGAUCGAUCUGUUUGGGGCUAUAUUUGCGCAAAUUCUGAUAAUUUAGGUCAUGUCACAGACUACAAGUAACAUAAUUUGUGUAACGUAGUUGGACCUAAGGGCUGAGCACCGCUUGGGACUUGGGACCUUCCGUUUCUUAUUUUGUCCGUUCUGCAUGUAUUAUUAUUUGUUUUGUUUUUUCAUAAUUUUGUAAAAGUAAUGUUAUUAAGGGACGGUCCAGCUAAGAGGUACCACGAAAUGGAAUGCAAAAUGCACACUGGCAUGUAAAAAAUGUCUUUGUUAAUAUUAGAAAUUUGAUUGGCCGAGACAGAAUUCAAGCAUAAGUUACACUUAAAACAAGAUUUUACCUAAAGUUUUUUUAAUAUUUAUUGUUAGGGAUUAUUAUUUUUUUGUAAUAUGGCCUAUUAGAGAAAGUUGAUGUGAGGAACCUUGUUAAAAUUAGAAGAGAAAAAAACUAUUGUCCCUGCUCCAUCUGAUUGGUUCAAAACAGAAAAUCGCCAAUAAGAUAUAUAAGGGAGCACAUUUUCCACAUAAUUUUCUCAAAAUCUUACUAUAUUCUCCAUGUUCUUACCAGUAUAUUUUGUAUAAAAAAAUCCUAAAUUGGGGAAAGCUUUUUGCCACAAACAAUGGGGCCUUGGUUUUUUCUUGCAUGAGUGAUUACUUAACUUAAUAAAGUUGGAAAAAUAAAGUUCCUUAUUGGCUGCUAAGCAGAAGGGCGCCAUGCGUUAUUCAGCCAUCGCAUUUCAUUUUCGCGACGUCAACAUUACGCGAUUUUGAAAACCGAUAUUCCACGGCACUUUAUUUUCGCGAUUUUACUAUUUCCUUAAAAACCAGUUCAAAAUCAAACAAAACAAAUGGGACUGGAAGUCGCUGUAAUCAUAUAUCAAAGUCUUAUGCUCUCCUAAUUAAAUGAUGCAUACAUAAAGCUCAUUAGACGAUAGAUAUUUCAUCCAAAGUCUUUGUGUACUCUUUUAAACCAGGACGAGCGGUAUAAAAGGCACAAACCUCGUCUGAGUCUUCAUUGCUGCUAGACUUUGUCAAGAGCAGAAGCUUCAUAACAAGAAAGAUAGGAUCAAGCUCAAAAUAUAAACAGUGAAAAAAAAACACUAAAUCUUCUCUGAGAACUAGACAGAUAAGAAUUAGAGAUUUGAAAGGUUUUGAAGCAAAACACGUCAUUUUAAACAAGCAAAUCCCAAUUUCCGCCUCACCAUUUUUUCUCGAAACCAUAGUGUCUCUGGGUGGGAUUUCUUUGGGGUCCCUGUGUUAUUCACUGUUUAUGACGUCAUGACCACAAUAAAAGCAAAGAACUAGAGGUUGUCGCCUCGAUGUUCGUAGAUAUAAAUUACUUUGCAUGGAGCCAUCGGAGGUGAAAGUUGUAGUUUAUGCAGCCAGAAAUUUACAACCAAAGAAACCAGGACGAGAUGUGUGCAACGCUUCCGUUGUGUUCGGAGUUGGCAAAGACAAGUUCCGAACCGAUCAAAUCCGGGACAACAACCCGACAUGGAACGAGGAGUCUUCCAUAAAGGUCUCCAAAUCAGCGCCUCUGCUCUUCACUGUAAACGACCACGAGGAGAUCCUGGGAAAUGUCACAGUGCCUCUUGCCCAGAUCCCCACGGGUGCUCAUCGGCGCAGGUGGAUGCCGCUGACCAGUACAAAGGGCGGGCCCGUAAGCGGAGACCUGUGUUUCGAUUGCUGGGUCCUGUCCUAUCGGCAGGCAGCUCCGUCCUCCAAGUGGUCGAAAUGGUUUCCGUCCAGUCGAAUAAAGGAGAAAGACAAGCGACGGAAGUCUAUAGCCAUGGCUUCUGUAUCCCUCAAGGGGUCACACUCGAUAGAGAAUUUGAGUACACGCGCCCAACCCGAAACCGUACCAGACCCCCUACCUAUCGACUCCAUCCGAGUGUCUGCGAUACGAAGAGUCAGCAGCGCAUCCACGCUGCCAAGUUGGAAUCGACCCCCACCGUCAGGCGCUCCGCCACCGCCUCCAAUCGGCGCUCCCCCACCCCCACCCCCAGAUGACGAUGUUUCAAUGACGCCCGUUAAGGAUGCCAAGCUCAAGUUUGGUUUCAGCUUCAAACCACGGCUUACCCCGACACUAGGACAGAUAAUGUCUGGAAGUGGCCACCCGGAAAUAACAGUGCUCACCCCUAAAUCUGGGCCCGCUUCAGGGGGGACUAAAAUCACCAUUAGGGGGAUCAAUCUGGGAAACAGUAGAGAUGAUGUUCUGUCGCUAAGUGUCAAUGGAUCAGACUGUAGGCGGUCACUGCAGUGGCAUUCCUCCGCCAAGGUCACGUGUGUGACCAAACCCUGGGGAGGGUCGGGUCCGGUUGUGAUUGUCACCAAGUCUGGUGGCCGCGCUUCGUCUAGUACCAAGUUCACAUUUGAAGAGGAGAAAAAGGAAAAGUCAGACGAUAGCAAAGUAUCUAAACAAGCCCUAAUGGAGGAGCUGACACGACUUAGAUACGAAGUUCAAUGUUUAGCGGACGAGAACAAGGCAAUGAAACAGUAUAUCGACAAUGUCAUGCUGCUCCUAAUGGAAAAAUACCCCAGGAUAUUAGAAGAACUUUGUAAUUCCUAGAACUACAGUAGAAUUCCAAGAAAUACAGCAGAUCAUCAUGAUUUCAAUGCUUCAGUUAAUCAAACUUGAAUAUAGUUUUAAAGCUGAUUAUUUUAAUAUAUGGGGUUGAAAGAAUCCCCCUUCUCAAAUAAGAAGGGUAACAACGCUUGGAAAUCUAAUAUUGUACAUAUUAAUUUUAAUAAACAUUUCAUUGGAUUAUA